CAUGAGUAGCGCCCACUGUAAUUUGAAGUUCAAGUGCAGAUUUUGCCAAUUUGUUGCCAGAAAUCCUAAUCACUUGCGUAAACACUUAAAUCGUUAUCACGUUGAUCUUAUUCAAAGCGAUGACUUGGAAAGAUUAGAAUACGGAACUCCUGUUAAUCAAAUAAACGAUUUAACUGAUCAAGACUCGAGUGAAAAAUCUGACGAAGUAAUUGUCAACUUGUCACCAGACGGCGCUCAAUUUCAAUAUAUGUAUGUAACUGCCGAGUGA